GAAAUUUUUUUAGAAAAAAAGGAUGGAGAAUUGAGUCACGCCUGCUGCUUUGAUUCGCCAUCAAAAGUGUGAAUACUGUUCCGUCUUGAAAAUGCCAGUGCGCUGAGGACCAGAAAGCGAGAGAGUGUGGGUCCCAACCCGUUGAAAACUUCAAGCCUGAGAGCGUGAGCGUGGAAUAAUAAUUCCAAUUUAGCCGUUAGACGUACAUCCGCUCAACUUCUUCACUUCCCCAAUCCGGCACUUCAUUCCACUGGAGUGUGUGUCUGUGAGAGCUUCCUCCUAAACUAUCUGCCCUUUCGAAUGGCCGAUUUCUCCUACCUAUCGGACACUGAUGAAUCGGCUGUCGAGGAGCUCAUCUCCCAAGCUCAAGAUCUCUGCGUUCUGGAGCAAGUCUCUGCCAUCAACUGCGCUUCUUUCUCCGACUCUUCCCUCCUCCCCACUGAUCUCGAGUCCCGUUUCCGCAAACUCAAGUCCUUCCCGCUCACUGACCCCAGACCAAAACACUCAACCCCUCCUCCGUACACGAAGAACGACUUCAACAACCAUGACAGCUCGGCUAAGGCGGACGGACUGUCUGGUAGUGGUAAACAGAAGGAUGCUGCGGUUGUCUCUCAUUCCAAACGGGGCCGAGAUGAGAAAUUGGGUUCAAGGCCAAGAUCACCAUCCGGGUACGACUCUUUGUCUCGUGGGUCCUCUGAUUUUUCGAAGGAAAAUGAGGCUUUCUCACCUUCCAAAGAGAACCCAAAUGGGAAAAGGGGUUCGGGGACAAAUACGAAACGUGGGUCGAUUUCAUCUCUUUCCAAUUCUUCCGAUUCGUCGCUGGAAAAUUUGAUUUCUUCGACUUCCAAGCAGGGCCCAGAUGAGAAAAGGCGCUCACAAUUAAAACCGCAACCAGGGUUGUUAUCUUCUCCUGUGGGUUCUUCUAAUUCGUUUUCAUUGAGGGACUCACCUUCUCCGCCUAAGAAAAUUGGUUGCUUCUGGUGUUCUCCAAAGAAGGCUACUCACAAUAAUAGUAAGGAAAAUCAUGGUACAGGUAUCGAUCUCGAUUGGGGCAAGAACGAUGAGUACUUAUCUGCUUCGCGCAGUUUUUCGACAAAACAGCAGCAAAAGAUGCUAAAGAAGGCAAUGAAAGAGGAAGAGAAGAUUAGCCGGGAGGCCGAAAAAAUUGUCAAGUGGGCUAAGCAGGCCUCUGCGAGGUUGAGCGUUUCCGGCAUUGAAGAUGAGCUAAGUGAUGAUUAGAAAGAAUUUCACAAAUUGGGCAUGGUUUUGGUAAAGUUUUUUUUUUUUUUUUU